AUCCGAUUUUAGUUUGGAUGCAGAUCAUUUGAAACUGGAACUGACGCCUUCAAUAACCAUGACUUCUUUUCAGCUUCUGGUCUUUGCUGGUCUUCUCGUAGCAGUUUCAUGCGAUAUCUGUUUCGACGAUCCACAUGAUCUAGGUUGCUUUGAAACGCAAUUAAGAUGCCACAAUCGGAACCCAAACAACCCAGACGACAUCGGUACCACUUUCGAGCUUUAUACCCGUCAGAACCCAGAUCAUGGUGAGAUCCUAGACCGUCAGAACCCUCUAACCAUCCAGGCAUCUAGCUUUGAUCCAAACCGAGAAACCAAGCUUAUCGUUCAUGGAUGGACUGAUAGUAUGUCUGGGGAAAGCUGGAUAACGAUGAAGAACACGUUCCUUCAUUCAUACGACGUGAACGUGGUGAUGGUUGACUGGUCGUCAGGAGCCAGUAAGGGAUAUUACAAGAGCAGAGCUAAUACUCGGGUCGUCGGCAGGGAGAUCGCUAAGCUGAUUGAAGCUUUCCAAGCUGCUGCUGGGGCUACCUUCGACUCCAUGCACAUCAUCGGACACAGCCUGGGGGCCCAUAUCGGGGGUUACGCCGGGGAGGCCUGCUCAGGAACCAUCGGCAGAGUAUCAGGCUUGGAUCCUGCAGGCCCAGACUUCAGUGGUGAUCUUGAUAAUACCUGUCGACUGGAUAAAACAGACGCCCUCUUCGUCGAUGUCAUGCAUACAGAUGGAGAAACCUUUUGGGGUGGUGGACUUGGACUAAUGGACCAGCUUGGUCAUCAAGACUUCUACCCCAACAACGGUCAGGAAAUGCCCGGAUGUUCUAAAGUCUCCGUCAGCUGUGAUCACAGCCGAGCCGUCGAGUAUUACAUCGAGAGCAUCUCGUCUACGCGCCCAUUCUCUUCCGUGAAGAUGACCUCCAACUCUGACACCCUAGACGAGGGAAUUUGGUGGUGGUGUUCUAGUGUUAUUUGCCCAGAGAUGGGGUACAAGGCGGAUCCCAGCUGUAAUGAAGGCUUGUAUUAUCUUGAAACCAACGAUGAGAGUCCUUACUGUAUGUAAGACCGUUGUCAUGGUUACAUAAAUCUUUAGAAAAAACAACACGGACAUUCGCUCUGGUUGGUUUUCCUUAUUUUAAUUCCAUUUAUUCUUUCAUCCAGAAAAUAUAUUCAAACACAUAAAAAGUGUAGUGAAGGAGCUUUCAUGUCAAAUUCAUGUAGAUAAACAAAGAGCCAAAAUUCUACUACAAUAUUAUUAUAAUACAUAAAUUUAAUUUAUAAAUUUCUGGGGAAAUUCCCUUAUGAUUUACAGUCACGUAUGGUGGUUAAUCUGUGGAUUAUUUUAUGUAAAAUUUGACCCAUAGUGAUUUACAUUUAAAGACCGAUAUUGCGUGAUAUCGACAGAUAGAUGGUAUGUUGUUUUUAAGUGACAUCGACCUAGGAUGACAUAUAGAAAAGUGAAUAGUUCUCUAGUUUGCCGUGGACUGUUUGCUAUAAACGAGCUAGUCGAUAUUUUGAAACGAAUUUUAGAAAAUACACAGUGUCAUUCUCAGUAGAGAGUCUCAUUAUUACACCAUUUAUUUUUUAUGGGCAUGUAUGUGUGUUUACCCAAACUCGACGCUUCGAUAUAUAUAUGUUCUUGGUUGUUGUUUUUUCAGGAUCAAACACAUGCCACCCCCUCCCCCGAAAAAAAUACAGUGUACAGUGAGGCAUACUGACUCACGCUUCGCCAUAAACACCUCCAGAAGUAUACUGGUUUUACAUGUGCUUGGUACGCCAGCGUCAACAGUGAUAUAAAUUUUGCUGGAUCACUGUAAAAAAAUGAAAUGCUAAAUCGACAUUUCAUGUGGUAAAUGCAACAUUUAGAAAAAAAAUUGUCAUUCCUCCAACCUUUUAAAAUGUUAAUUUAACAUUUCAUUAUUAGAGUGAUUAAGUCACAAGUUAAUACACAAACUACGGUACUACUUAAUAUUUUCGACAUGAUUAUUAAAAAAAAUCAUACCUAUUGUCUGACUGUCAAUUAUGACGGGCCCCACUUUCCAUAGUUGAAGAUGGUUCAAUGUUAAAUCAUAACAUUUUCUUAGCUAAUGCCUGAAUAUGUUUUGUCGAAACGUGAAAUGUUUCAUUAUACUUGGAAUUAAGGAGAGAUUUAUUGAUCUGUAAGUGAAAUUGAACAGAGAUAUUAUGAUGAUAUUAAAGGGCUCAAGU